AGAAGUAUAUUGCUAAGAAAAAUGACAACGCAAGGGUAAGGGUAGUGACUAAGAGAGAAUCCCCUCUCAAAAGAAUUUUUAAUUUGGGUGAUCAUGGCUAUGCUAUAGUUACAAAAGAAUUUUCUACGGUUAAUACACCACAAAGAAGCAUUGAGCUGUACUUGAUGUGAAGAAGAUUUGUUGUUGAACACCCUCUUGAUUCCUUUGCUUCCACAGGCCCCACAAAAGAGCUCUUGAUGCACAGCCCUAUGGAAUUUUUAAUUUAUCCCUUGAAAGCCACCCAUUUAACACUUCCAAAAGCCAAUCAUCAAUCAUCCCUGGUAGACAAAGAGAUAACCCAAGUUCCUUCAUAAAAAAACCAACCUUUUAAGAAAAAGGACAAUGGAGGAAUAGGAAGAGGUGAUCAGAGGAUUCAAAAUGACUCCAUCAAAGGCUGCACGCCGAGGGAGAGGGCCUAGUUGGUGAUGUUUUUUUUGGAGUUUCUGGUGGGUGUUGAGGCUUCUACGAGCAAGACUCCACAAAAGAUUUUUUACCUGCUUCGGGCUAUGAAGAACUUUCAGUCUUUGAGGAACUUCUGUACGUUUUAAAAAGUCAGAUUUCGAAGAGAAAAAUUUAGACUUCUUGAGGGACUAUUCUGCAACAUCUUCUCCAUACCUCGCCAAAAUUAUGAAGUUGGUUCACCAAGCUCGCCAACUAUUCCAUUCUCCAUCCCCAAUUCCUCUUGUAAAUCCCAAGCCCAGCCCCAAACUCAGUGGUCCUUUAUCCAACAAUCAGAAAUCAAGACAUCUUUCUUUACGGAUAGGGUUUUGAAAUGAUAGGGACAUAAUUGAAACGUACCCGUUCAGGAGUAUUUUGUAUAAUUUAACCUUUUAUAAACGGGAAUUAACUUUUAGUUUUCCUGUGCCCUGAGUGAGAUCUAGAGGGAGGACAGGAGAAAACUUCAAUUUUUCUCUUUGCCUCUUUGGUUUUCAUGGAUUUUGUUCCAUGAUGAUUUUUGAUUAAUUAAAGAAAUAAUGAAGCUAGUUGCUGUUGCCCGAUCCCUUCAAGUCCAUUCCACACUUCCUAAAGUAAUCGGGUCAUUUCAGGUCCGCUUCUUCCAGCCUGAUUUUGCUCCCAGAGACUCAACAGCCAAGCCAAAAAGAUACAAGUAUCCACCAUUUUAUGAUCCUUAUGGCCCUAGGCCCCCACCCUCUGAUAAAAUCAUUCAGCUUGCUGAAAAAAUUGUAGCACUACCUGUCGACGAGCGUUGCCAGAUCGGUCCUGCACUCACUGAAAGGCUUAGACAUCCUAAGCUGCAGCCAAUUUCAGUAGAUGGCUUGGACAUGGGUUCCGAAGGUGGGGCAGGUGCUGGAUCUUCCAAGGUGGAGGAGAAAAAGGAAAAAACUGCUUUCGACGUGAAGCUAGAGAAGUUCGAUGCAGCCGCGAAAAUUAAGGUGAUUAAAGAAGUGAGGUCCUUCACUAAUUUGGGUCUGAAGGAGGCAAAAGAUUUGGUGGAGAAAGUACCUGCAAUUCUUAAGCAAGGGGUGACCAAAGAGGAGGCGAACGACAUCAUUGAAAAAAUCAAAGCUGCUGGAGGAGUUGCAGUCAUGGAGUAAAAAUUGUUCUGGUUUGUUCAUAUUUUUCCAACGGCUUUAGAAAUCCUGGGCAAUUCUUGUCUUCAACCACUGAAUAUUUGUUCUGUGGGUUGAUGUUGUUGCCAGCCAAUUGAGUUGCAAAAGGAUGAAGAACAAUAAAUCUCUUAGGACUUGUUUUCCCUUAUGCAGUGAUUUAUUGUUGUUUUCAUUUUUUCUUUUACAAAAAGAGAGCCAAUUCAAAUAAAAAUCUGCUACUGAUGCCUAACUACUUUGACCUA